AGGUUUGAGUGCAUCAGUCGUCUGCUUUAGUACCCUGUAACAAAUGGCAGGUUUACGUUGCCUAGUAUAUGUAAUACUUUAUAAAGCUUACGAGUUAAUGUCGUCGCUAACGUUAAAGCUAACCUAAGUUUACUCAACAUAUAGGUUUUAUUUCACAAAUUCUACCAUAUAACGAUAACAGGACGUCCCUUGCUUUGAUUACACCUUCAUAACCUUCUCCAAAUGUAAGUACACUACCAGUAUGAGGCAUGGACGGCCAGAAUUUAACCAAAGUGGUCCUGCUGGCCUGUGGGUCCUUCAACCCCAUCACCAACAUGCACCUGAGGAUGUUUGAACUGGCUCGAGAUCAUCUGGAGGACACAGGUCAGUACAGGGUGAUGAAAGGUAUCAUCUCUCCAGUGGGUGAUGCCUAUAAGAAGAAGGGUUUGAUUGAGGCCCGUCACCGUCUAGAGAUGGCCAGAUUGUCCACAGAUAGCUCGGACUGGAUCACAUUCGAUCCCUGGGAGAGCCUACAACCAGAGUGGGUGGAGACAGCCAAAGUUGUUCGGCAUUACUAUAAAGAAAUGCUUGAGGCAGAGCAGAACACCGAUGAUGUGGACACGGUCAAGCACGCCAAAAAGAGACGUAUAGAGGAGAAUCGUUUUGGAGGUUCGUCUCAUCACAAAAAAGACGGUCUUCAGCUGAUGUUGCUGUGUGGGGCCGAUGUCCUGGAGUCCUUCGGGGUCCCCAACCUGUGGAAGCAGGAGGAUAUUGUUGAAAUUGUCGGCCGCUAUGGUUUGGUUUGCGUCACCCGCAGCGGCAGUGACCCCCACAAGUUCAUACACCAGUCGGACAUGUUGUGGAAGUAUCGCCAGAACAUCCACGUGGUCUGCGAGUGGGUGACCAAUGAGAUCUCAGCCACUCAGGUGCGGCGGUCGCUGCGUCGAGGUCGGAGCGUUAGGUACCUGCUGCCUGACAGCGUGGUUCACUACAUACAAGAACAUGGGCUGUACAGCACUGAGAGUGAGCAGAAAAAUGCUGGCGUAGUACUGGCACCUCUUCAGAGGUACACAGAUGUCGCUUCAAGCUGAGGAAGUUUACUACUGCAAAAAAACAAAGAAGAAAAGAUAGCUCUCUAAACUAAGUGUUGUAUGUUUACUGUGAAUCAAAAUGAGAUCAUAUGCAAACAGUUUGUUUAACUUCCAACAAUGCCUACUGCACAGAACAGCUUUUUUACUAAUAGGCAUUUUGUUUUCAUAAAUGUGCAUAGACAGAACAGGGUGAGUUGACUAAGUAAAUUACUCAAAAACAGAAUAACUGAGUUGGCUGGGGGGUCAUCUAAAUGUCAAUGCUGCUGUUGAAAAUAGAUCAGGUGCGUGGUUAUUGAAAUAGGGAUUCACAAUUGUGCGUGAAGUAGUCAGCAUACAGUGUGCGGAAUUAUGAUUAAGAACAAAUUCAUUUAAAAGUUUUACUUGCUUAACCUCAAUGCUUCAGUAUACUCUCUGAACCUGUCACAUGUUGUGUACCUAAAGCAGGAUUUGUUCAUGCACUCUUUCAGGGAAUAUGCUUUAAACAUGUUUAUUUUUCAGUGCUCCCGGUUUUAAAUAAAGGUGUGAUUUGUAUUGACUUGAAAUUAAAUAAACAACCCUUUUGGAUUUUA